AUGGCUUCCAAACCUCCCAAGCGGAAGCCUUCAGGCCCCCAUGGCACUUCCGGAGGAUCUCGCAAGCGCGCGAAAACGUUUGAUGCGCGUACCCUUGCUGUGCAGUCGGCAGACGCCGCACUCUCCGCCACGGGAGAGCUCGAUGUCGCCGCCUACUCCGCAGCCCGGGCGUUCGAGAUACAGGCUCUCGAAGAGGGUAUGCAGCGGUCGAAAGGCGCACUCACAACGCGGGCAUUUCAGAAGGUGCCUCGUUCGCUGAGGCGGCGCACGGCGAGUCAUAAUGUGAAGCGUGUUCCGCGGAGGUUGAGAGCCCGAGCAAAGCGAGAAAUGGUCGAGGAUAACACGCCGACUGUUACCGCGCGCAGACGCAAACCAUCCCAGAGAAUGCGCAUUCGUCUUGAUACCGCCCGGCGAUUGCAAGCUCUCAAUUCUAAGACAAAGGCCCGACGGGCGGCUGCAAAGACCAAGCUCGAUCAGGAAGAAAAGACAACUUUGGCAGAACAGGGAAGCCAUGCAUUCAAUAUUGCACCCAGAGUUCCAAAGAUCAAGAAGAACAAGCUGUCGAGGCCCACGCCUGCGGAGCCCAAAUACAGAAAGCGCCAAAAGUGCAAGACGUGGUUGCCUACACAUUUAUAUCACGCAAAGCGAGCCCAUAUGGCCACGACUAAAGACCCUCUCUGGCGUUUUGCUAUACCGUUGUCUCCCACCGAAAAGAGCUAUCGGCCCACCCACCGUGCCCGAGGCGCUAGGGGGGCUGUGGCGUGGGAUAUGAGUUAUAUGUCCACUAUUCAGCUGGAGGGCACGGAAGUUGCUAUCCAGGCUGUUCUCAUGGCAGUUGGUGUUGAGGGGGAGAAUGCUUGGGGUGCGAAAGGGAAGAAAUGGAGGGCUGGCACUCGCUCUCUGCAGGCAUGGACAUUCGAAAAAGAUCAUCGCUCGCGCCUGACUGCGCCGGUGACACUGGUCUGGUGUGCCAAGCAUGAGGAUGUCGAGAUGAUUGAUGCAGAUCACCCUCAAACCAAGACAUCAAAGGAUUACCGAAAGCUCUGGAUUAGAGUCCAUCCUUCAGCGUUCCUUCAGCUGUGGACAGAUGUUCUCGACGUCUCCAAGAAGCAAAAUCCUCCUGUAAUGGUUGAGGAUCUGCGAUUCGAAAUUGGUAGCAUUGAAGUUACGGGACCAGGCUCUGCCGAGGCUUUACUGGCAACAUUGAAACCAAUCCUGGGGCCUGACGGCAAUGCUCCGUCGGCCCAAAGUCCAGAGGCGACAUGGCAAGCCCUUCUAGGAGUUUCAAAUCCUUCGUCAUUACCAAAUAAUGCCCUGCUCUCGUUUGCAGUCUCUGAUCCUCGCCUACAUUUUCCAUCACGGACACUUCACGUUCCCGACAAUGAAUCGCAUAUGAAUGAUCUUGCUAUCCUACUUUCUGCAUGGAGUCCGGAUAAAACACAAGGUCCAUCCACGCUUUUCGAUCGAUCUACCCGAUUGACUGCAGCUCGUCAGCUCCCUAGUCAGAAAGCCAUCAACCGGCGCCGCACUCUUGCUGGGCCUGGUAAAUAUCCACUUGCCCAGCCAUCUGAUCCUCAAAUCCCUGUCAUGAUCCUGGCAAACAAGCCAGAAGCCCGGGCCAAGCGCAGCAAUGCUCCGGGCUCUUGGACGGUUCUAUUGCCAUGGAAAUGUGUUGUCCCAGUCUGGUAUUCGCUUAUGUUCUACCCGCUAUCCAGUGGGGGAAAUCCCCUCCUCGGUGGACUAAAGCAGCAGCAACAGCUUGCUUUCGAAGCCGGUGAAGCUUGGUUUCCCGGAGACUUCCCAGGGACCCGAGCUGGCUGGGAAUGGGGCCAACGCGAGACCAAGAAGUCUCAACGUGAAUGGGAGCGUCGUCCUAAGGGACGGCGUCCAGAAUUUGAUAACAUGGUACUGGGAGAGGGCCGUCCAAAGGGCGAGAUUGGCCACGGUUGGGCCUGUGAUUGGGAACGACUGCUUCAAGGCCCGGGCCAGGGAGAAACUGCAGCCCAAACAGCUGAUGGCAGCCACAAGGUCGAGUCUGGCAAAAAGCCAGCCGAUGCCAAGGAGCCUGUGUCAAUCGAUACCUCUAGUCCCACCAUUCCACCUCUCAACAUUCACAACGUCCGAUAUCCUCGACUUGAUAGCUCGCAAACCCUAAAUAAAUUCGACAAAGCGUCUGUUGAUGCUUCUACCUUUGGGACUGUUUAUAUUUCCCUCGCUUCGCGUGGAACACCCACACCCCGUGCGCGAAUCUACCGGCUUCCCACUGACCCAGCCCUGCGCCAAAAAUGGCUUGAUAUUGCCUCAGGAAACACCAGUAAACAUGCUGAGUCAAAGGUCUCCAAGAAGGGUAACCCGGUACCUGCCUCCGAAGAAGCUCGACGUUUGCUUGCCGAGUCUCUCAUAUCAUCUCCCACCGAGGAGUCUGACUUGGAGCACUUGGAAGUGCCCGCCGAAGAGGAUCUGAUUGGUUUUGUUACUACGGGCAACUAUAAUCUUUCUGAAGGAAAAGGCACAGGCAUUGGAUCAAUUCAGAUUACAAAGGUAUUGGAACCCAAUGUCAAGCUUAACGAGAGACGAACGUGUAUUAUUCGGGCCGCUGGAGAGAAGAGCGGGCGGUUGGGGAUGUGGGAGUUUGUAUGA